GUUGCUGAAUGCGGCCAUCGAAGAACACCAAAUGCCCUAAUAACCAAAGCUGCAGCCGAGGGAAGAGAAGAAAUUGAAAUCAGUCAGAUUCACCUCCUACCCUGUUCGUCAAUUGAAGAAAUGACAAAACCCUGUGCAUUGGAAGGAUCCCGGCGGGGACCUGCUCGAGAGCAGCCGAGCCGGACAUCGAGCUCGGAUUCCGACCGGAGCAAAGUAGCUAAGACCUCAAAAUCGCCGCGAGGCGCGGCGGCGGCGACGACGGCGACGGCGACCAAUCAGAGCCAGAAGAAGCUGAGCACACGGAUCGCCGAUUUGGAAUCGCAGCUAGGGCACGCUCACGACGAGCUCAAAUGCCUCAAAAACCAAUUAGCUUCCACCGACACCGCCAAAAAGGCAGCGGAGAAGAAGAAGAAGCCAAACAAACACAACAAAGUUCCCCAAUCACCAUCGCCAUCGCCAUCGGACGUCGUCGAAACCGAAACCGAUGUCCGCCCGGAGACAGAGGUCUUUGAAGUCUCCAUUGAAAAAGUUACAGUCGACGAACACCAAGAGCCUAAAGCUUCUGAAAAAUUCAUACAACACUUGCAAGGAAAAGAAGAUGGAUUCGAAUCUCCAAAGGCAAUCGACAAUGCCGUAAACGAGCUCGAAAAGGAGAUCGAAUUAUUGCAGGCCAAUCUAAAGGAAAAGGAAAUCGAAACAGAGCUGAUCCGGAGGGAGAACGAGUCAUUAAAAAGCCAGCUCAACGAGAAAUCGUCGAAGAUAUCUUCGACUGAAUCAGAAAUGGAGGAGUUGAAUUCGAGGCUGAGUAAAAUUCUUAAGGAGCUUGAACAGAGUAAAAGCGUCGAAUCCGAGAUGCGGGGACGGAUGGAACGAGCGGACAGGGCGAGGGAGGAGAUGGAAGCAGAGAUGGCGAAGCUUAGGGUGCAGACAGAGCAAUGGAGGAAAGCGGCGGAUGCCGCGGCGGCAGUGUUGGCCGGAGGAGUGGAGAUGAAUGGCCGGAGGAUAUCGGAGCGGUGUGGAUCGAUGGAUACAAAUGUUUUCGAUCGUGUUUCUGGGGGAUGCGUCGUGGGGUCUCCGGGACUGAACGAUGACGGAGAUUACGGGUUCGGAAGCGAGAAGCGGCGGACGGGAAUCCGAAUGCUGGGAGAGUUGUGGAAAAAGAAGGGACAGAAGUAGUAGGAGGAGGGUACGAGGAUGUCUUGAGGUUGAGGAUGCCAUUGUCGAUUGCUGGCUUGGUUUGGUUUUGAAGGUAACGGUUGUUUCUUUGUUGUGUUAUACUGUUUAUCAUUAAGAGUCUUAUGAGAGGCUUUCCAAAUGUUUAUGGGCAUCGAUAGCAGCAUUAAAUUUACUUGUAGUUUAUGAAAAUUUAAAAACUGUUUUAGAUUUCUUUCUAAUUUUAGUUUUUAAGAAAUUACGAGUUUUUGAAUUAUUUUUACAAUUAAAGUGCAUAUA